GGCGCGGCGCGGGCGGGCGGCGGAGGCACCAUGAGCGGCCGGAAGCGCAGCUUCACCUUCGGGGCCUACGGAGGGGUGGACAAGUCCUUCUCCCCUCGCCGGAGUGUGUGGAGGAGUGAUGGGCAGAACCAGUGCUUUCCUCAAGCCCUAGACCUGCCACGAGUGGACUUCGUUCCCUCCCACACUGCUUCACUCCACCCCAAGAGCACAGAUCUGUUUGACAUGAUUGAGAAGAUGCAGGGAAGCAGGAUGGAUGAACAACGAUGCUCCUUCCCACCACCCCUCAAAACAGAGGAGGACUACAUUCCCUAUCCGAGCGUCCAUGAGGUCCUGGGGCGAGAAGGACCUUUCCCCCUCAUCCUGCUGCCCCAGUUUGGGGGCUACUGGAUUGAAGGCACCAACCACGAAAUCACCAGCAUCCCGGAGACAGAGCCGCUGCAGUCACCCACGACCAAGGUGAAGCUCGAGUGCAACCCCACAGCCCGCAUCUACCGGAAGCACUUUCUUGGCAAGGAGCAUUUCAAUUACUACUCACUGGACACUGCCCUGGGCCACCUUGUUUUCUCACUCAAGUACGAGGUCAUCGGGGACCAGGAGCACCUGCGGUUGCUGCUCAGGACCAAGUGCCGGACACACCAUGAUGUCAUCCCCAUCUCCUGCCUCACUGAGUUCCCCAAUGUGGUCCAGAUGGCAAAGCUGGUGUGUGAAGAUGUGAAUGUGGAUCGAUUCUACCCUGUGCUCUACCCCAAGGCUUCCCGCCUCAUCGUCACCUUUGAUGAGCAUGUUAUCAGCAAUAACUUCAAGUUUGGAGUCAUUUAUCAGAAGCUGGGGCAGACCUCCGAGGAAGAGCUCUUCAGCACCAAUGAGGAGAGCCCUGCCUUCGUGGAGUUUCUUGAAUUUCUUGGCCAGAAGGUCAAACUGCAGGACUUUAAAGGGUUCCGAGGAGGCCUGGACGUGACCCACGGGCAGACGGGGACCGAGUCUGUGUACUGCAACUUCCGCAACAAGGAGAUCAUGUUUCACGUGUCCACCAAGCUGCCCUACACAGAAGGGGACGCCCAGCAGUUGCAGCGGAAGCGGCACAUCGGGAACGACAUUGUCGCUGUAGUCUUCCAGGAUGAGAACACACCCUUUGUGCCUGACAUGAUUGCAUCCAACUUCCUGCAUGCCUAUGUGGUGGUGCAGGCCGAGGGCAGGGGGCCCGAUGGCCCGCUCUACAAGGUCUCUGUCACCGCUAGAGACGACGUGCCCUUCUUUGGCCCCCCCCUCCCGGACCCUGCUGUGUUCAGGAAGGGGCCUGAGUUCCAGGAGUUUUUGCUGACAAAGCUGAUCAAUGCUGAAUAUGCCUGCUACAAGGCAGAGAAGUUUGCCAAACUGGAGGAGCGGACACGGGCUGCCCUCCUGGAGACGCUCUAUGAGGAACUGCAUAUCCACAGCCAGUCCAUGAUGGGCCUGGGCGGUGACGAGGACAAGAUGGAGAAUGGCGGCGGGGGCGGCGGAUUCUUCGAGUCUUUUAAGCGGGUCAUCCGGAGCCGCAGCCAGUCCAUGGAUGCCAUGGGACUAAGCAACAAGAAACCCAACACCGUGUCCACCAGCCACAGCGGAAGCUUUGCCCCCAACAACCCCGACCUGGCCAAGGCAGCUGGAAUAUCAUUGCUUAUUCCUGGGAAAAGCACGAGUAGAUUCGGACGCCGGGGCAGUGCCAUAGGCAUAGGAACGGUGGAAGAGUCACUGAUCGUCCCUGGGAAGAGCCCCACGAGGAAGAAGUCGGGCCCGUUUGGCUCUCGCCGCAGCAGCGCCAUCGGGAUCGAGAAUAUACAGGAAGUGCAGGAGAAAAGGCCCGGUGCUGAAUCCCCCCGCUGCCCCCGUGUGCCCCGCAGGGAGAGUCCCCCCGCCGGCCAGAAGACCCCAGACAGCGGGCACGUCUCACAAGAGCCCAAGUCGGAGAACUCAUCCACUCAGAGCUCCCCAGAGAUGCCCACGACCAAGAACAGAGCGGAGACGGCAGCCCAGAGAGCCGAAGUGCUGAAGGACUUCUCCCGCUCCUCGUCCAGUGCCAGCAGCUUCGCCAGCGUGGUGGAGGAGACCGAGGGUGUGGACGCGGAUGACACAGGCCUGGAGAGCGUCUCGUCCUCAGGGACGCCCCACAAGCGGGACUCCUUCAUCUAUAGCACGUGGCUGGAGGAUAGUGUCAGCACCACGAGUGGGGGCAGCUCCCCAGGACCCUCCCGGUCACCCCAUCCCGACGCCAGCAAGUCGGGGGACCCUGCGUGUCCCGAGAUCAAGAUCCAGCUGGAGGCAUCUGAGCAGCACACGCCCCAGCUGGUGAGGCCGCAGAAGCACAAGGUGAAGACGCAGUGUCAACUCCAGGUGGAUAGGACCUCUGCCCCCACGGCCAGCACCAGCCUGUGGGCUGUCCCCUGCCCCCACCUUGGCCACCUGUCUGGACUGUCUCUGCGGGGCGGAGCCAUCCGGACCCAGGAGGGGGAAGCUGCUGGCAUCAUCCCCACCCCCCAGGCUGGGACAGGCAGUGGUCAGUUGAAGCAGAACUCCAGGCCUGGCUUGCCCCCGCUCUGGGCCCUUUGUCACACCCGGGUGCAUCUCCGGACCCCUGGGGAGCAGGACGGGAGGGCAGGAUUGAGAUAUCUUGGUGUACACAGAGCCCGUUGCAGAGGCGGUGGGACGUGAAACGUGGUGGGAUGGGCACUGGGCUGGGAGUCCUGAGUCCUGGCUUCCAGUAUGGGUUCUGCUGUGUGACUUUGGGCAAGUCAGUCUCCCUCUCUGGGCGCCUCUG